CGGUUCCGUUGUGACGGGGUCUCCUGGCUGAGCUCCGGGACCUUUUGACCAACCCGAGAGGAGCGUUAGGGUGACCCCCUGGCUGACGGUAUGUUUCCGAGAAGAACGAGAGCAAGAAGACAGGGAGAAUCCCGAACUCGCCAGAGUAGGACCACGUGCCACUGAGACGAAGGACGGCCCUCCACCCCAGCUGCCAAAGCGGACGUGGGCUGUCGGCUGACCGCGCUCAGUGCGGUCCCUGGAUGCUCCCGCUGGCCAGCCGGGGAUUGUCGGCCCGGAGCCAGCUUUGUACCAGUGAGGUUCAGUCGCGUCUGCUGAGCGUCGUCGCCAGCUGGUGUCCGGGAUGCGCCGGUACAGAACCAAGGUGAGAGCUGCGGAAGUAUUAGAUCUGGAGGCCCGAGGGGGCUAGGUCUCUGCGCGUGAAGCACCAGGAGGAGCCCUGGGGAUGCCGGCCUGGGAACCGGCGCCUCCACCGACCACGCUUGGCAAGCUGGCACCGCCGCCGAGGGCCCACCCCGCCCUCGCCCGGCUUCCUUAGGACUGCCCACUCCAAAGAUGGCGGCAACGGCUUCAGGAGAGUGGAUCAUGUGGGGAUGGUGGCCAAUGGGCUUCCGGGCUGCGUGCCGGCCGGGUGCGGGCGGGGGGGCGGAAGUGCCACGGACCGCCGCCUCCGGCCCGGUUGCAGCCCUUGCUGUUACAUAACUGGCUGCGGGACCCGCGCGGUCCUACCUCUCGGCCCCCGCGCCCCCAGGAUGUGCUGAGGCCCGCGACCCCCUCAGCUGCCGCCGGCUCCCUCCCGAGGUGUGAAUGACAGAAGUGGUGCCGUCCAGCGCCCUCAGCGAGGUCAGCCUGCGCCUCCUCUGCCACGAUGACAUAGACACCGUGAAGCACUUGUGUGGCGACUGGUUCCCCAUUGAGUACCCAGACUCAUGGUAUCGUGAUAUUACGUCCAACAAGAAGUUCUUUUCCCUUGCUGCCACCUACAGAGGCGCCAUCGUGGGAAUGAUAGUAGCUGAAAUUAAAAGCAGGACCAAAAUACACAAAGAGGAUGGAGAUAUUCUAGCCUCCAGCUUCUCCGUGGACACCCAGGUUGCAUACAUCCUCAGUCUUGGCGUUGUCAAAGAGUUCAGAAAGCAUGGCAUUGGGUCUCUCUUACUUGAAAGUUUAAAGGAUCACAUUUCAACCACCGCCCAGGACCACUGUAAAGCCAUUUAUCUGCACGUCCUCACCACCAACAACACAGCCAUCAGCUUCUACGAAAACAGAGACUUCAAGCAGCACCACUACCUGCCCUACUACUACUCCAUCCGCGGGGUCCUCAAGGACGGCUUCACCUACGUCCUCUACAUCAACGGUGGCCACCCUCCCUGGACAAUCUUAGACUACAUCCAGCACCUGGGCUCAGCGCUGGCCAACCUGAGCCCCUGCUCCAUCCCACACAGGAUCUACCGCCAGGCCCACAGCCUGCUCUGCAGCUUCCUGCCAUGGUCAGGCAUCUCCAGCAAGGGUGGCAUCGAGUACAGCCGUACCAUGUGAUGCCAGCUGGAUAGCCUCCACCAGUUCCUACCCCUCAGUACCCUACGGAGCCCUCCUUCCUAUCCUUCUGACCUCUGCUGUCUUCUGCAAGGAGCUGGUGACCACCUGCCAGGCCCGUUGGCCUGCUCCAGCUGCAGGCCCGGUGCUACGUGGGCUCAGAGCAGA